ACUCACAUCCAUAUUUGUGUCACAACAUACAGCCAAGCUAUUGUACAUGAGAGUGAAUUACCUGAGGUUAAUGGUCAUACACAAUGUCAUCCACAUGGAGGAAACAACUGUGUAUAAAAGCAUGGACCAGUCGGAAAAACAUAUGCACAUGCACAUAUGAAAAACACGUGGUGCAGUUGCGUAAACGCAGGAAAAUGUGCGCAUGUGCAGAAAAUACCUGUAGCAGGUGCGCAAGCGCAGGAAGACGUGCGAAUGCACAGAAAAUAAUAGUGCAAAUGCACAGCAGAGACUUAAAACACUGACAUUCCAAUGCACAGAAAAUCGUUGAUCGGUGUGAAAAUUCAAAAAAUGUGCAAAACGGCAAAAAAAUGUGAAAUAG